AUGAUCACAAAAAGCAAACAAGCAAGUCAGCACGCCGCAGACUUACGAGAGACGUUCCUUACCCUUCGAAAGCACCAAAUGAAACUCAAUCCUGACAAGUGUGUGUUUGGAGUUACCGGAGGGAAGUGCCUUGGCUUCCUGGUAGACGAGCGAGGCAUUGAAGCAAAUCCUGAUAAGAUCCGGGCUAUACAGAACAUGAGAUCCCCCACCUCAGUAAAAGAAGUACAAAAGCUCACGGGGUGCGUGGCUGCUCUUGGAAGAUUCCUUUCCAAGUCCGCGGAUAAAUGUUCACCCUUCUUUAAAACAAUAAAACAACAGAAGUUAGAGUGGACAACAGAAGCAGAAGAGUCCUUCCGCCAACUUAAAGAGCACCUGUCCACCUUGCCAAAACUAGUUUCGCCCAUCAAAGGGGAGAAGCUAGUCCUAUAUGUCUCUGUCUCCGAAUAUUCAUUAUCCGGAGUACUAGUAGCGGAAAGGGAAAAGAAACAGCUUCCUAUAUACUAUAUAAGUCAUGCAUUCCGUGGCUCGAAGGGAAACUACGGUGAAGUCGAAAAAGUCAUAUUCGCAAUCGUCAUGGCAAAUUGGGCAAACCAGCUGGCGGAUUUCGGCAUCGAAUAUGAGCCUCGAACGGCAAUCAAAGCCCAAGCUCUGGCUGACUUCAUUGCUGAAAGCACUCUCCUCUAUCAUCCUGAACCCAAUCAGGAAUGGAAGUUGUAUGUAGAUGGGUCCUCUACCCAAUCAGCAAGUGGGGCUGGACUCCUCAUUGUGUCUUCCGCCGGGGUCCGUAUGGAAAGGGCGGUCAGGUUCGAGUUCGCAGCAUCCAACAACGAGGCCGAAUAUGAAGCAUUAUUGAUGGGACUGAGAAUUUGCUACGAAACGGGAGCCAAAAAAUUGUCCGCCUUCUCUGACUCCCAAUUGAUUGUUGGACAAGUGAACGGGGAAUUCGAAGCUAAAGAUGACAGCAUGAAAAUGUACCUGCAGCAAGUAAAGGAAUUUGUUCAAAAAUUCGACAAGUUCACGUUGGAGCACAUUCCAAGAUCCCAGAACGCCCAAGCUGAUUCCCUGGCAAAGCUUGCCAGCUCAGCAGAAACAUCCGCGGCUCGAGACAUAAUCUGGGAAGUGCUUCCUAACCCCAGCAUCAACUUCAUGGUCGAUACCAUCGACAGAUCAGAAACAUGGAUGGAGCCAUACAUCGAAUAUUUGCGGAAUCAGACGCUUCCCCAAGAUGAAUGUCAGGCCAAAAUUCUCCGGAAGAAAGCCAGAUGGUGGAUGCGGUAUACACCAAGAAGUACGGACUGUCAUUGGGAAAGUCCUUAG